AUGAAUACUGACAGAAGGCGCCGUCUUGAAGUCGUAGCUGGACACACCACAGAGCCACAUCUCAACCUCGGCGGUGCGCAAAAGAAAAGCGUUACUGCUCAAUCCAGCCGCAGGAUCCUGGUGGCAGACCGACUAGGAAAGAUGACAUCGAAGCAAGCCCGCGAGGAGGGCGACCUCUUUCCCUUCGUAGUGGAGAGACCAAGAACCCCGUCUCCAGAUCUGCCGCCUCCCAUACCCAAGCGAAGCAUUACACCCCGUGGUCCGCUCUUUCCCAACCUGGAUGAGGCGCAUCGCAAGAUCACUUCUCGGCUUGCGCCUAACAACCCUUUCCGCAACGCUUCCGACGGGAGCCAGGCAAAUGUCGAGAUCCCUCUGCACGAGAUCUCUAGCGCUACAUCCCCGGACGGCCUUGAUACCCUGGCUGCCCAUGGCACCUUACGUCGCUAUGCUUCGGACUUUGUUUCACCUCAUCCAUCGAGGAACAUGGCGGGGAGAUCGUUGACCGACCGCCGCAGCAUUGUGAAGCAUCUGGCCAAGCAGAAUCCUGUCAAGGUUGCAGGCCUUAUCGAGGAGGGCAACAAGCAAUGCCGUGAUGAAGACACAGAUCUCCCUCCGGUUGACACGUCCAAGAGUACCGUUGAGCGUAUUGUUGAGCAGUAUGCGACUACUGAAGGUGAUCGCCGAUCGUCCAGUCUCGGAAGUUCAGAACUGGCAUACACCUUCGAGCCGCCUGAUCGACAACAAGGCGCUGCCACUCGGGUCGGCUUCCGCGGAGAAGAGAACAGGGUGCCUUCUAAACACCAAAAGAAACCGCAACGCGAUACAAGCUUCCCACCUCAACUGAGGGUAUCAGAGACUGAUGCUGAGGCCGCGAACGUCGGCUCAGUUGCUGAGGCGUUGCUAGAAGCUCCUAGGUUCGUAUGGGCAGGUGAUCUGGACGCAGACCGGUGCCGACUUUCAACAACAGCCCAGCUCAGCCCUUCUCCUCGAGUCUCCAGCCGCGCAAGCACACAAGCGUCGGAUGCAGACUGGUUGAAGGAUCUUGACACUUGUGGAGACAAGCAAGGCUCCAGCAGGCACAGUCACAGCCUGGUGCCCCAACCGCUGCGGAUUCCAUCAAAUAGGGAGCACCACCGAGCGAAUCAGCUUCGACAGAACCCGUUCCUCACUGAUGUGGAGUCGUCAAUAACAGGUGAUAUCUCAACCGACUCGAAUGAUGACCCCUUCAAGUAUGACAACGAGCAUUACCGACGCAUCAGACGGCUCGGCAAGGAACGAGAAGUGAGCCGCGCCCUUAGGCGCCUAAGUCGUUUCAACCCACCUCCCGAAGGCAUCGAUCCAACUGUUGAUGAAGCCACUGUACGUGCAGGCCCAAAUAAUGAAGCUCGGUCACAGUCGGAAAUUCAUCAAUCCACUGUAGACCAUGGUCAGCUUGGAGGUAACUUCUUUGACCCUGUUGCGUUCCGCGCGCUGCAUGGUGAUGCGGAAAUUGGUAGUGGUAUCAAGAUUGUCAUCAGCAAAAGUCCUGAGCCCAAGGUUGAGGACGAAACAAACGAUGCGCAAGACAGUACCACAUUUGGUCUUAUGGUGGAACGUGACAAUGGAAACACCAACACCUUGUCACGCGAUCAUGCUACCGAGGGCGACUGGGUAACCGAGGCGACCAGUGAUGCUGGUUUAGACACUGUCCCGCACAAUGGACCGUUUGCGCAAGGCAUCAAGGCCACUGGAAGCAGCCUUGCAGAUUACUCUGACGAUGGGUACAUGACACAUUUCCCAGGAGCGUUUGGUUCUAGAGACCACAUUCUGCAGCAUCCCUCAGCAGAAUCACUUGCCAACAGCUAUGAGAUGCACAGCCUGAAGGGAAGAGACCAGAAAGUUCUCCUCCCACGACCGAACGCAUCCCGCUUCAACGGUUUCGGUCAAAACACCUCUCGUUUCAACUCUAACUACCGCAAGCCUACAGAGUCACAAGAAGGCCUGUUCAACCCCUUCGUUCGCCGUGAUUACAAGAGAGCAGACGCAAGCAGCUACUUCACCUAUAAACCAGACAAGAACACACGCUCGAAAUAUGAGUUUCGAGAUUCGACGUCUACGUAUGCUGGAGUUGUCGAUAGUAACCAGGCAGUUUGCGGAACUCGAGAAGUUAUAGAGUCCUCAUCCAUGGCUUCAAUCAACUCGACUGGGCUGCUCAAUGAAGGAGGCGUGUCAUGCACCGGUGGAGGGGACUAUGUGCCGCACAAAGAUAAUGAGACGCAUCAGCACAAACAUACACGACGCCAUUCACGCCGCCCGACCAGAUUAGUUUUCCCCAGGAUGUCACAACACAAUCGACCUGCCAUGGAUGAUUAUGACGACAAGCCUACACCGAUGACGCCGAUCAUCUACCAAGAUGGGCCUGUUUCAGCAGGAUCUAAGUUCUCAUUCCGGCUGCUUGACCUUGCGGAGGCUCAAGUGUUACAGAAGCAGAGAAGAGAGAGCGGCGAGACUGAUGAGACUGAAGAUUCGACAGUCAGAUACAAUCGUGCACGCAGUGAAUCUGGCACGCAGCCAAGUCUGACUCCACUCCCCCCUCGUCCUUCAGCGGCAUACCUGCGUGAUGGACAUGUCAGGAAAGGUUCUGGUCUCUCUUCGACAUUCACCCCGCCCCCGUGGAGAGCCUUUCAAGGUGACGAUACCCCCAGAUCGACAUCCAAGUAUUAUCUACUUGGAAGGAGACAGAAAAGGACUCACAGUGAGCCUCGUGGCCGCCUGUUGCCGUUGGACAAGCGUCUCCGGCCGAUGGUCUUCAGUCGCACGCGUGGUAGCACCAUGCACCCGGAUCCAGAAGCUACACGGCAUACGGAAGACGACUUCAUCUCAUACCAAGCCAAGACCAGAAGGCGACUAUUCUUCUAUGUCAUGCUUUCCUUGUGCAUCCUGCCUUUCUUCGCACUGCUCGUCAUCAAUGGCAACUUCGACAGUUCUUUGGUGUGGUUCACCCACGGCGAGGUUAGUCGAUUGACGAGAAAGCAGAGGAAGAUUAUCAAGACGGUAUUCGUCAUUGAGUGCGUCAUCUACGCAUCACUGGUGGCAGCCAUCAUUGCGUAUUAUGUUACCGCCAGCAAAGUCCACCACUGA